GCCUACCAUUUGCUCCGACUGUUCAGGGCGAGUAGCAGACUGGAGGCGCGGCAAUCGGACGUCAAUGUCAGUAUCGCGAAUGCUGCCGAUUCUGGUCUGCGGCAUUGGCAACCCUGGAUCAACCUACGCCAACACUCUCCACAGCGCGGGCUUGACUGUUGUCAAGACACUGGCAGAGCGCCUCGCAUAUCCUCCCUUCCAGAAGGAUCGCAGCCUCGGCAAUGGCCUGGUCAGUAGGCCUUCGGUCUCGGGCGACAGCGGAGACUGGACGCUUUGGCAGAGCACGGCCUACAUGAACGAGUCGGGCAAGGGAGUUCGCGGGGCGUGGAUGACGUGGUCCAAGAGCCUGCCCGACGAUGGAGGCCGACUUGUCAUUGUGCACGAUGAGCUUGAAAAGCCGCUGGGCUCGGUGACGCUCCGCACCAACCAAGGAGGUAGUGCAAAGGGACACAACGGGCUGAAGAGCAUUCUAGCAGUGAUGGGGAACACGCCAUUUGCACGGAUUGGCAUUGGCAUUGGGAGACCAAUCAGUCGCGACAGCGAUGAUGUUGCGCAGUAUGUGCUGAGGAAGAUGACGCCUGGGCAAAGGGAUCGGAUUGAGAAGUGCGUGGAUGAAGUGAUUGCGAAACUGGCGCAGCUCGAGAAGGGCUGAACGAAAAGCGGUGAAAGAAGACGGUUAUUCCCCCCAAAGCCAGGUGAUUGCGUCUGAGCAGCAUCACAGCUGCGUCCCAUCUUCCGAUGGUAGCCAGAUACUUGGGACGCUUCAUCUCCACUGACGAGCAAUGGCGCAUCUGCCAUGGCGAACACGACAUCUUACAUUGACCUCACCCGUGCUCCAGAAGGAAGCAUAUGGAGUAGCGGUCGAGUUCCAAGGAGGAGUUUGAGCGGACUACGAUGCCAACAUCGAGGAUGGUGGUGAUGGCGAUGAGAAUCGGAAAGUGUGUCUCUUCAAAUAAUGCAUGGGAGAUUC